UUGAAUUCACUCAAGGGCAGUGGGGAGACGCUGGAAGGUUGUGAGCAGGAGAGACAGGUCAGUUUAGGGAUUUAGAAAGAUCACUUUGACAACAGGGGAAAGAUCAUUUAGAGCCAAUGAUGCUUGAAACCUGCAGCCAUCCUUCUGGCAAAUCCCAAUUCCCACUUGUGGGGAGGCUCAUUCCUUUAAGUACUGUGUUAUUCCUCUUAGAGCAAGACAUGUGUUCUUAUGCACACACAGGGACUAUUGAUGGAGAAUGCUGGAGAGGAGGGGCUCAAAGACAGGAAAAGGAGACAGGAGGGGACACUGCUAAUAUCCAGGGAGAGGCCUCUCUGUAUAGGGAAGCAGAGCACCAGGAAGGGAGAAGCUGUACGGCCCCCUCCCUAUUUCCAAGAUGAGAAGGUCCCCUCGGGAUUUCCAGCCUGGAAGCUGCAAGCCUCAGGUCCCACACACUGCCCCACUGUGCACCUGCCACCAGGGAAACGCAGCCGAAGGUGAGGUAGGUGUUGCAUCAGAGUGUUAAGCCCUGGGAUCAAAUAUUAGGGGUGGCAGUGGAGGAGGUCUGAUCCCUCCUCCUGAGCAGCUCCUAACAUCAUUGGCCUUUCCAGCCAGGGAGGGAGGGGAGUCACAGAAACCUGCCUGGGGAUCAGUUAAAGCUGAAGGAAGGAAGCAGGAAUAGGACCUGAAAGCAGGGUGCGUUUCCCCUACCUACACUCAAACAGCCAAAGAACGGACCAAAGCCCACAGGAGGCAGGCAUCUUCAGGCUGAGAGGGGCUCCCAGAGGGUUCUGGGGCAGAGCGGGCUCACUAUGCUGCCUUGCCUGGCCCUGCUUCUCCUGAUGGAGCUGUUCGUGUGCACUGUGGCAGGUGAUGGUGGAGAGGAACAGGCACUCAGCACUGAAGCAGAGACCUGGAUAACCGUGGCCUUAGAGGAAGGCGCUGUGCCCAGCAUUCAGCUCCAGCUGCGGGAGGUGAAGAGGGUCAAGGCAAGCCAGUUCUUUGGGCUGAUGGGGAAGCGAGUGGGAGGAAGACCUCUGAUCCAGCCAGGGAGGAAAAAAGUGUAUCAGCUGGAACACAUACUCCAGGGCCUCCUGGGCAAGAGAAGCCCAUCCACAGCAGGCAGAGAGGAUGAGGCCCAAGGUUCAGAGUAAAAGCCCCCACCGCAGACUGCCCAGAGGACGUGGUGCCGCUUCUUCCCACCUGGACGUCAGUGCUGACAAGCCGGCAGGCCAACUCUCUUCUCCAUGUCUCCUGUCCUCAUCGCUGGCACUUUACACGAGGCCCACACUGAACCCACUGGGCUUCUUCCUGGACUCAUGGUGUCAGGCAGCAGUUCUGCAUAAAUGCACAGUCUUCACUGUUGCAAGCUGCAAUUGACUCUGCCUUCCCUCACACUCAGAGCUGGCAUCUCACUGCCCAGCAGUGGGGAGACUCGCAAACUCUGUAUCCCGUGCCUAGCACACAGUAGGUGCUCAAUAAAUAAGUGACCAGUGAA